UCUAGAAGCCCAGUAUAACAGCUGCUGAAUGAACUCAUCCAGGGAGCCCCAACAGCUGCAGCUGACCAGUGAGAAAAGUUUCCAAGCCAAGAACCUGGUUGGUCAGGAGUGGAGCUCUGGCAGACCACCACUGAGGUGCUUGAUCUCCUACACUACUGGACUUUAGCUCCUGUUCCUAGAAUUCAAUGCCAAGGACGCGUUAAUAAUCACCGCAAAUCCCAUUUGCCGAAGGAUUUUCCUCCCCACCAAUCCCCAUCCCCACCCCAGGAAAGGAUUGCCAGCAGGCUGGCAGCCUGGGAUGGCGCAAGAUCAAAAUUGCACAGAGCUUGGCUGGGUCAGGACUCUAAGGCGGUUGAAGAGGCUUUUUCUCUCAAGCUAAUCAGACUGGAAGGUGUGCCUAGUGGUCUCCUGAAGAACCAGUUGAGGAGCUGCCAAGGACUCUGGAUUAUCAAUAAGGUUGAAGAUAAUGAAUACAGAAGAUGAAUCCCCAAAUGAAGUGUCAAAGUCUCUCCAGAUCACUGAAGAUGCCAUUUUGGCUGCAGUUAAAACACUGGAAGAGAACCCAGUCAAAAACAUAGAAUGGACAACAUGCAAGGACUUCACGAUAGACCUGGGCCGACAGCAGAUUGAAGAAUACAUCUCGACAUGGGAAUUUCAUGAGAGUUGGCUACACUGGUCUGAUUACUUGGACAAGGAGGAUCUGGAAUUCAGUGUCCGCUACCAUUACCGGGUGCGCUGGAGCAUCCCCACUUCUCGAAAACCCAUCCCUCGGGCUACUGCCUGUGUCUACUUUCUCAUUGAGAUCUCCAAGAUCAAGCCCACAACUUUACCAGUUGAAGUUUUUUAUGUCCUGGAGUCUAACAGAUACAUCCACAGACCAGGAAAAUCACGCUUUCGAGAAAAGUGGCUGAAGGACAUCAUUGAAAGCAAGAUCAUCCUAAUGAACAGCAUUGGCUUCUAACUCAAUGAUCCACUGUUGAUAUGGGGCUUGCGGGACCGGAUUUCUAGUCCAUGUGCACUAAAUACAACAUUGCAAAUUCAAAUAUAAAGAGUAUGUUUGGGGAAAUAAAGUUGUCAGGACGCUUAGAAUCCAACUGCCUGGAAUUGUGUUCCAUUCUCUGUUUAAAUGCACUUAUACAUAUCCCAGACAGUUGUUUUCUAUUUCUCCAGACCAUCUUUCUAUUAGUCUAUGUACCCCCAGUUAAGAGAAAAGCAAGGGGAGAGAGAAAGCUAUACAGACCUGCCAGACCAGAGCACAUUUGGAAUUUGGCUGCCUGUUUUUUCCCGUGUGAGCCUAAGUCCAAGCCUAGAGCUCUGCCUACACUGUUGGAGAACAGAGCAUUAGCAGUGAUGAUGGUAUUGCUUCUCACCUGAAUAUUUCAAUGACUUCAUUGACAUGAGUAGGCCUUCCACUGAACACAGAUCACAGCCCCUUCGUAAAUAAUCUUCCUGAGCUUCUGUGGUACUUAGCACAUCAGGACUAAAGUCUGGUGCCGUGAGACUCUGAGUCAAGCCAGGUUGAUCGUUGGCCAAGAAACACUUGUUCUCUCUGCCAAUCCAUACUGGAAGCCCUGCUAGCUUGGUAGAACCUGUCAGUGCUUGGGUUCCACUGGCAGAGUCUUUGAGAACAUGCCAUUUUAUGGCGUUAGGUGAACCUGUGUGUGUGUGUAUACAAAUGGACACAUGCAUAUAUAUGUAUGUGGGUAAAUAUACAUACUCCUUAGAAGUCAUGCAUGAAACAUGAAUGUAUUUGGUAUCCCCAGAAUGGUCAUGUAGCCUCUGCUUGAACACAUCCAUUUAUGGGGAACUCGCUAUCUCAUGAAAUAGCCCACUCUGUUGUCGAGGUUCUAGGUAAAGGUGAAAGUAUUAUACAGUAGAUGGCGUCAGAGUUCAGGAAGCCCUGGUUUCAAGUCUCAUCUAAUAGUUAAGUUAUGCCAGUGGAACAAAGGACUUAACUCUUUUUGAGUGUAAACUUCCUAAUCUGUACAAUGGGGAUAUUCCUUAUAGUAUACCUACCUCACAAGGUUAGUCAGUCAAUAAAGAUUGAUUAAGCACCUACUAUGGGUCAAAGCACUGGGCUAAGUGCUGAGAAUACAGAGAAAACAAAACAGUCCUUGCCCUCAAAGAGCGCCCAUUCUAACAGAGGAGAGACAAUAUGGAAACUACUAUCUAUGGAAUAAAUUGGAGAUCAAACAGAGGGAAGGCCUUGGAAUUCGGGAGCCUAAAAAAAGGGUUCCUGAAGUGAGAUUUCCCCUGAGACCUGAAGGAAGCCAGAAGUGGGAAUGAGGAUGAAGGGGAGUCCAGGUGUGGAGGUCAACCAGUGAAAACACCAAGGCAGUGAGGAGGCCAGGGUCACUGGAUCAUAUAGGAUACGGAACCUAGUACUAUGUCAGAAGCCCAGAAAGGGUAGGAAGGGCCAGGUUGCAAAAGGUGCUAAAAGCCAAACAGGAUUGUCUAUUUGAUGGUGAGGUGAGGCGAGAUGAGAGGGAGCCACUGGAGUUUUUUGAGUAGGGGGCCCGCUGGUGAGACCCACACUUCAGGAAGAUCACUUUGACAGCAGAGUGUGGGAUGGGCUGGGGCAGGGAGAUCUCCCAGUAGUCUAGGGCUGAGGUAAUGAGAGGGCAGUGUCGGAAGAGAGAAGGUGCUGUAUUCCAGAGCUAUUACAAAGGCAGAGAGCAUUUGAUAACUGAUUGCUUGGAUGUAAGGGGCAAGAACGAGAUGUCCAGGAUGGUACCUAGACUGGGAGCCUGAGUGACUUGUAGACAGUUAAAUAGGGAAGUUAGGACAUCUGGCUUAAGAUGUCUAGGAGGCAGCUAGAGAAGUAAGACUAGAGCUGAGCAGAGAGGUUAGAUCAUCUAAGAGUUCAGCACACAGAAAUAUGUCAGCUGAUGAAAACGCCAAGUGAAACAAGAGGCCCAUGACAGACAGAAUCUUGUGGAUCAUCCACAGUUAGCAGGCAUGGCAUGACAAGACAGACUACAGGGGCAGCCAUGUAGCUCAGUGGAUAGAGGGCCAGGCCUGAACUUGGGAAGCCCUGGGUUCAAAUUUGACCUCAGAUGCUUCUUAGCUGUGUGACCCUAGCCAAGACACUUAACUCUAUUUGCCUCACCCUUCUGUCCUAGAGUUACUAGGGCACAAGGUAAUGGUUUAACAAAAGUGCAAAGAGUGAGAGGAAAGGAAGUGGAUGCACCCAUUGUAGUCGUCCUUCUUUCUCAAGGAAGUUUGGUCAGAAAAAGGAGAUAUAGGACAAGAGCUAACAGCUGGUUAGAUCUGGAGUGGGAUUUGGAGAUAGGGGAACACGGGUAUGCUUGUGGGCAAUGGGGAAACAGCCAGUAGAGACUAGGCCUGAGAAAGGGCCAUCUGCAGAGAUAAUGGGAUGGAUGGCAGAGGAAAAAUGGCAGACUGUGUGUAAAGUGCUUUGCAGCCCUUAAAAUCCUGAAUAGAUUCUUGGGAGUGAUACUAUGUUCUUCCAUCUCUAGAGUGAAACCCUCCCUUCUUGGAACUUGGACAGCUUGGUUCUAUUUCUUCUGCUUGAGGGUUAAAUAGAACAAGUCAAAUCCUUCUCCCACAUGUUGUUCAGUCGUGUCUGACUCUUUAUAGCCCUAUUUGUGGUUCUCUUGACGAAGAUACUGGGGUGUUUUGCAACUUCUUUCUCCAGCUUGUUUUACAGGUGAAGAAGCUGAGGUCAACAACGUUGGGUGACACAGUAAGCGUCUGAGACUGGAUUUGAAUUUACAUCUUCCUGACUUCAAGCCUGACACUCGAUCUGCCCACCACCCAUGAAAUAUGUGGUCAGUGACCCUGUCCUUCCUGAGUUUGCUAUAGGCUAAAAAAUCCCCCAACCCUUUCGAUGGUUUUAAGUCUUCUCGCCAUCCUAAUUUCCCUUCAGCCUCUCAAACUGGCCCCUCCCCAACCCCACAGCUGCCCUAUGAAGUU